UAUAAAAUAAAAUUUUAAACAGUCGUCCCAGAGCAUUCCACAAGUGCUCAUCGUUUUACAGUUUCCUUGUGAAUCCACACCAAAAGAUAAGUUCUUUGGGGGAUUUUCUUUUGGCAGCAAAAGUUUACAUAUAAAGAAAUUCUGAGAAAUGAGUCUUCAAGUGAAACAUCUCUGUGUUCUAAUCAUUCUGUGGAUAAGUUUAAUUAACGCAGAUGAUGAUCCAGCAACAACCGCAGCACCUGUUACACCUGGAAUAUGCAUAACACCCGAAGGACAAGCAGGAGUUUGUGUAGACAUUAAAGAAUGCGCCCAUCUCUUAAAUAUCCUUACUAAGACACCCUUAUCAGACGAGGACACGAAAUAUCUUCAAGAGAGACAAUGUGGAUUUGUCAAUGGAACUGCUACUGUCUGUUGCGAUGUUGAGGAGAAGAGGGAAAAGAGAUCAGUCAACAGUCUCCUACCUAAUCCUUACGAAGGAAAAUGCGGUGCACAAACAACUUUCAACCGACUAAUUGGUGGAGAAUUCGCAAAAAUUGAUGAAUAUACCUGGAUGACUCGCCUCAAAUACAAGUCACCUGAAAAGGAACCUAGAUUCCUCUGCGGAGGAUCUCUAAUUAACGAUCGAUACGUCUUGACUGUUGCGCAUUGCGUUCGGGCUGGUAGGGAUUGGGAACUGUAUCAAGUUCGUAUAGGAGAGUACAACACAUCUACUGAUCCCGAUUGUGAGGAAGAUGACUGUGCUCCAGCUGUAAAGGACAUUGCAAUUGAGGAGCAGAUUAUUCAUCCAAAUUACAAUUUAAAAACAAGGACAGGCGAUAUUGCCCUGCUUCGACUUGAAGAAGCCGUUCAGUUCAAUGACUUUGUUCAACCCAUCUGCCUCCCAAUUGCUGAUAACCUUAAGAUCAGUUCCUUUGACGGAAAAACUCUACACGUGACCGGAUGGGGAACUGCAGGAGGAGCCUUAGGAGCUGCCCCUACCGAAGUUAAGCAAAAUGUACGAGUACAAGCAAUUAGCCUUGAAAGGUGUAAUGAAAUUUACAAACCCUAUAAGGUAGUUUUAGGACAGGAACAUCUGUGUGCACAUGAAAAAAAUCCCAGUGAAAAUUGUAAGGGUGAUUCUGGUGGUCCUCUGAUGAUUCAAAAUGCAAAAUCAGGCAGAGGACAGUGGUACUGUGUGGGAUUACUAUCUUUCGGGGCUCGUUGUGGAGCACAGGAUUAUCCUGAAGUUUACACAAGAGUAUCUGAGUACGUCGACUGGAUUUCCCAGACAGUCAGAGCAUUUACCGGAGAGACCUUCUUUAUGGUUUUUCCCCUCUUUUUUUUUUUGAAAAAUAAAAGUAUAAAUAUAAAUAUUAUUCUGUGUGUGCCAAAAGAUCCCAAAAUGAGUGUCCAAAUAAAAUACCUCUGUGGUCUCAUUAUUUUGUGGAUGAGUGUCGUUAAAGCAGAUUAUUCCGAAGUUUUUGGAUACUGCGAACUACCUGAGGGUGGACAAGGAACAUGCGUUAAAUUGCACGAAUGCAAGGCUUUGUACGAUAUUCUUGCCAACAAACGACCCCUAACUGAAUCGGACAAGCAGUACUUGCGGGAGAGGCAGUGUGGUUACUUCGAUCCAACAGUUGCUGUUUGCUGUGCCGUGGAAAUUAGCAGCAAUUCAAACUUCAACAACAACCUCCUGCCGGAUCCGGAGCAAGGAAUGUGCGGUAUUGAUACGUCCAACAGAAUUUACGGCGGAGAGAUAACGAAAAUUGAUGAAUACCCAUGGAUGACAUUGCUGAGAUACAAGAAACCUGGAAAUCGCUUUGGAUUCCACUGUGGUGGUGUUCUGAUCAACAACAGGUACGUCAUGACGGCCUCGCAUUGCGUCAAUGGCCGUGAUAUUCCCGUGGACUGGACUCUGUAUCAGUGUCGUCUUGGCGAACACGAUACAACGAAAGAUCCCGAUUGCGAAGAGGACGACUGCGCACCAACACCAAAAGACAUUUUAAUCGCUGAAAGGAUCCCACAUCCCAACUACAAUCCAACCUCGAGGAAUCAGAGGAAUGACAUUGCCCUACUCAGACUAUCCACAACUGUGCAGUUUAAUGACUUCAUCAAGCCCGUUUGUCUACCAUCAGCUGCACACCUGCGAACAAGUACCUUUGUUGGACAAUCCAUGGAUGUUGCUGGAUGGGGAAAAACUGAGAGUGUAAGUGCCAGUAAUGUAAAACUAAAGGUUCGCGUUAAUGGAGUUAGUCAAGAGAGCUGCAAUGCAAUUUACAAUCGACAAAAUGUAAUCAUAGGAGAAGGACAACUCUGUGCUGGUGGUGAAAAGGGUCGUGAUUCUUGCAGAGGUGACUCUGGUGGUCCUCUUGUUGCACUGGAUAACAAAUCAGGCCGACCAUACUGGUACUGUGUAGGUCUUGUAUCAUUUGGACCCUCACCCUGUGGUCUUGAAGGUUGGCCAGGUGUCUACACGCGUGUCUCUGAAUACAUUGACUGGAUCUCUCAAACCGUUAGAGCAUAAAUUCUAAUGUGAUUUUAUCUACAAAAAAAUGGAUCUUUGUACUGCUGUUUUUUUUAUUAUUAUAAAUAAUUCAGACUAUAGGCAUUUUUUUAAAUGUAAAAAAAAAGAAUUUUUAUAUAGCAGUUCUACCAACUUUUUACUUCCAAUGAAAAGAAAAACUAAAAAUUCUCAAUAAAGUGAAUUAUAUUUUAUGAAAAA